UAUUCAGCGUCGCAAUUGCUAUUUUCGAAAUGCUAACCCGUGGUGUCCUAACAAUGGAUAUGAUCCAGGGCAUUUUUUCGGGAAACAUAACCAUUUAUAUAAUCUUUGUCGUUGCUAUCAUCUUUUUUCGUAAAUAUCUAAAGGGAUCGGGAGAUAAUAAUCUCGAAAAAACUAUCUUAGCAUUAAGUAAUGAGCUUCAAAGAAUGCGUACAGAAGCUGAAUGGAGAAACGAAACAGCAUCUCAAGCAGGAUCUAAUCGAUUCUCUUCCACAAGUCACGUUUCCAUGGGAUAUUAUUCCGAAUAUACGGAUGAAUAUGAAACUUAUUGGGUCGAAUUUACGGCUCUUUUUAAUAAUAGGAGGAAAAAAGAAGGUCGUUCUCCAACACAAUUAUACAAUAUUUUAUCGAUCGAAAUUGGUCUUAGUGCUAGCACAUUAGCUAAUUUUUAUCGACAUCAAAAAUCGCCAAGAAAAACUUCUAUAGAUAAAAUUAUCGAAUGGGUUGAAAAGGAAGGAAAUAAAAAA